AGGGACAGGGCAGGAAUAUUUUUGUUGAUAUGAGUGAUCCGGUGCGAUUUCGCGACCCCCCUGUUGAAGACCUCUGCGCUAAGCGACUGAAAGCCGAGUUAGGACCUGAAGACUAUGGACAGCACUACGGAUGACGACUGCCCUGUGUGUAGGGGACCUUUACAGAAUCCUUCAGAACCAGUUCCUUGCUGUAGGAAAGUGUUUUGUCAAUCCUGCCUAAAACAAGCAAUUUUAGCUCGACCCCAGUGUCCCUACUGUAGAACCCCCAUAACCAACCGUGCUACUCUUGCCUUUAGGUCUGCCAUACGCACCAUCAGACUGUCAGAUGACUCCCUUCGGACCACACGAACUGUUUCCCCCAAUUUACAAGCUCUCCUCAACCAGCUUCAAGCGGCAAAUGCUCGGUCUUCACGAACAGCUAGCACUUCAGAUGUAAGCUUGUCCAAUCAAGAUGAUUCAAAUGCGCCUGUUCAAGGCACUGGCCCUUCUGUUAUCAGACCUCUGAGAAGGCCAGUUCCCACACCAAGAGUCCAAACCCAUAUUCAGGUAGCUCCUGCUGCACCAGCCACCACCCCAGCACCAAAUCCAAUCAGUGUCCAAGCAAACACCAGUCCUCAAUCAGACCUCCAGCCAGAUAACCAGGAUUACAUGAACAUCUUGAGAACAUAUGAUUGUCCAUACUGUCAGGAAGGUGGCCUGGAUGAUCUGGAUCUGCGUGAUCACUGCAAUAACAAUCAUCUCAAUGACCCCAGACAAGUGGUUUGCCCCGUGUGUGUAUCGCUGCCUCAUGGUAACCCACUUUACACCAGCAGGAAUUUCAUUGGCCAUCUCAAUCUCCGCCACAGCUACUACAUUGAUGACAUAACUAAUAUCUACCAGAAUGACGAUGUUAAUCUGCAGGAUGCCCUACUGAGGUCAUGGCAAAUUACAUAAAUACCAUGUUUUCCCCACAAACAUGAGGAAAAUAUUACUUUGUAAAGACUAUAAUAGCAUUAAAUGAUAAGCAGUGAUGUCUGAUUGUGUACGAUGAAGCACAAAAGCAUAUAAUUAACUGUAGAAACUGAUUGUUAUUUCAUCCAUCAGGGAAUACUUUAAUUAUACUCAUUAAUUAAUAUUACAGUAUUUCAUUGAUACUGAUAAUCUGAUUAAUUUGGAUAUGAGAUAUUUCUUUUUGUAAAGGAAGCCUUUCUUGUAAUAAUAUUGGCUAAGUCGAAGCUCCCUGACAUGUCUGGAUUAUAUCACAUCUUAUUUGAAUACUUUUGCACAUUCAGCAAUUACUGCACUUUUUAAAAAAAGCUAUUGCUAUUAAUAUGUAGUACUCCUUACAUUAACACUUUACA